AUGGCCACCACGGACAUGUCGCUCCUCUCGACAUUCCAGAAACAUAUUGAGGACAUGCGCAACCUGUCGUUGUGCAAAAUCUGCAUAAAGCCUUUCUACGAACCGUUCAUACUUCCAUGUGGCCACACAUACUGCUAUUCAUGUCUCGCCAGCUGGUUUGGGGGGUCUCAGAGCAGGAAGCGCAAGAAAAAUUGUCCAGAUUGUAGGGCAGAAGUUAAGGUGCAGCCAUCACCGAACUAUCUGCUAAGGGAUCUCGUCCACAUGUUCAUCGGCCGAGCCGAAUUGCUCCCAGAAGAUGAGACUGUACAGGAACACCAGCAGGCAAAAGAAGAAGAGGCACUCUUACUUGCAGCCGACCGUACUGGAGUUGGUCUCUUCAAGGGCGCGUUCAAACAAUCACGCCAUCUUCACCAUCUCGUCUCAUGGCGUCAGGGUAUCAUGGACUAUGAGGAUGGGGUUGUCCGGUGUCCAGAGUGUCAUUGGGAGUUGGAAGAGGGCGAAUGCUACCAGUGCGGCUUCAUACAAUACGAACCAGGUGACAGUGAGAGCGAGUCCGACGAGUUGUCCAUGGAUUCCCAGAGCAUACAUACUGUCGACACAGAUUUCGAUGGCGACGGCGAUGAAGUCGACCAUGAGUUUGACAGCACUAUGCAUUUUGGCGGCUACGACCCCUACGAAGAGUAUGGCACAGCUACAGAUGCUACUGGCAGUGACCGCAUCGACUCUUAUGACGAGAAUGAUGAUAUGGACGGCUUCAUCGACGAUGAGCGUGACGAUGACGACGCUGCCAGUGGAUCGACCAUGGUCAUAAACCCAUAUGGUGGAAUACUUUAUCCUGCAAAUAGUAGAAAUGAUUCGCACACUACAGCUCAAGGAGAGACAUCAGAUGCAAAUACCAAUUAUGACGAAGAAACGGAUGCCUCCGAAGUCGACCACAAUUACGUCCCGACCAGAACGCGGCCGAGACGCGUUGUCCUAAGCGAUGACUCGGAGGAGGAAAUUUCGGAGGAGAGUAGUGAAGACGAAAGAACAAGCCGGGAAGCAACAGGCACCACAGACGAUGAUAACGAUGAUGGCAGAAAUGCAGGAAAUGCGACGUCCGCCGCUGGAUCGCUUGAUAAUCUCGACGGUGCAGAACACGACUCCGAAGACUCAGAUAUCCGACCUCCUCAACCCUCAACAUUGCGACGACAGCGUCUGCAAGGGCAACGUUUUAGACGCAACUACCAGAAUUACCCGCUACCGCCUGGACGGCGCCGAGGGGUGCAGGCCGAUCACAUUCAGGCGAGACAGCGAAGAGAGCCACAUGAUCUGUGGGAGGAAGGUAUCCUGGAGUACAGAAGCUCUGGCGAACUGGUCAGACAUGAUCCGCCCUCCCACAGCCGCGCAGGAUUCGGACAAUCAAGGCGCGGAACGGCUUUACUAGGAUAA